ACGACACCGAUGGGCAGUCCUAAAUCUCCCAUAGUAUUUUAUCAGCUACUCAAAUCCGAAUAGACUAAGAGGGAAGGUGUAUAUAGAUAUAUUUAUAUAUUCGCGAUAUUCGUGUUGUCAGGCCUCUCGUGUGGAGGAUUCAUCCCGGGAUAUUGAAUGGAAGCGGCGGCUGAAGGGGCGGCCAGUCUGUUUGAGGCCGGGGAUGGGAGCCCGUUAUCCGGGGCAGCAGCAUCCGAGGACGCGGAGACGGAAGACGGGAUGGAAUCGGACACUGCAAUGAAAAAGACUUUCAUUACAGAGAUGCCAGGAAGUUCUUCAGGCCAGCCGGCCCACGGGAAGAAGAUCGGACACAGAGGAGUGGACGCAUCUGGAGAGACCACUUACAAGAAGACCACAUCAUCAGCACUCAAAGGGGCCAUUCAGCUAGGCAUUGGUUACACGGUCGGGAACUUGAGUUCCAAGCCUGAACGGGACGUGCUUAUGCAGGAUUUUUAUGUGGUGGAGAGCAUCUUUUUCCCCAGUGAAGGGAGCAACCUGACGCCAGCCCAUCAUUACCCAGACUUCCGUUUCAAAACAUACGCUCCCGUAGCCUUUCGUUAUUUCAGAGAGCUCUUCGGGAUACGGCCAGAUGACUAUUUGUAUUCGCUCUGUAAUGAACCACUGAUCGAGUUGUCCAAUCCUGGAGCCAGUGGCUCGGUCUUCUACGUCACCAAGGAUGAUGAGUUCAUCAUCAAGACAGUAAUGCAUAAGGAGGCAGAGUUUUUGCAAAAGCUUCUGCCUGGAUAUUAUAUGAACCUGAAUCAGAAUCCUCGCACCUUAUUGCCCAAGUUCUUCGGGCUGUACUGUGUACAAUCGGGCGGGAAGAACAUUCGAAUGGUGGUGAUGAACAAUGUGCUGCCCAGGGUGGUGCGUAUGCACCUCAAAUUCGACUUGAAGGGAUCAACCUACAAACGACGGGCCUCCAAGAAAGAGCGGGAAAAGGCAAAGCCCACUUUCAAAGACCUCGAUUUCAUGCAGGAUAUGCCAGAUGGACUCAUGCUGGAUACAGACACUUACAACGCCUUGGUGAAGACAUUACAGAGAGACUGUUUGGUAUUGGAAAGUUUUAAGAUUAUGGAUUACAGUUUGCUGCUGGGAGUUCAUAACAUUGAUCAGGCGGAGAAAGAGCAGCAGAUGGAGGGAUCUCAGGGCAACAGUGAUGAAAAGAGGCCACUGGCACAGAAGGCACUCUACUCCACUGCCAUGGAGUCCAUUCAGGGAGCGUCAGCCUGUGGAGAAGACUUCGACACUGAAGACACGAUGGGUGGUAUUCCGGCAAUCAAUGGUAAAGGAGAUCAUCUGUUAUUGUACAUCGGAAUCAUCGACAUUCUGCAGUCUUACAGGUUAAUAAAGAAAUUAGAGCACACUUGGAAGGCUCUAGUCCACGAUGGGGACACAGUGUCCGUUCACAGACCUUCUUUCUAUGCUGACAGAUUCUUCAGAUUCAUGAGCACUACUGUAUUCAGGAAGACUUCCUCGUUGAAAUCCUCUCCGUCGAAAAGGGGUCGUGGGGGUCUGGCUUUGGCCAGAUACAGUGGCCCCGGGGCCGCCUGGUCGGCCAGCCAGCUGCCCUUUGUGAGAGACGAGAACAUCUACGACCUGAGAGGAGCACGUAGUUUCCCUACACUGGAUGACAAUGGUCGGCAGCUCCCCUGCACCCCUCCUUCAUUUGAGGAUGCCACCACAGCCUCCAUCGCAACCACGCUGUCCUCUACCACCUCUCUGUCCAUCCCAGAACGCUCUCCGUCAGACACGUCUGAACACUCGCGCUACAGGAGACACACCCAGUCUAGUCACGAAGAAACAAUGCAGGAUGAGGACCAGCAGACCAUCACAGUGGAGGUGGAAGUGGAGGGACGAUAUGACAGUGAACCAACUCUUGUGGCUCCCCAGCCAUCGCCGGAGAUCAGCGAAAGUACAGAGAUGCUUCUAGAAGCCUCGUCGUCCUCCGUCCCAGCGAGCCCCAGAAUAGUGGUAGAAUCUGACAGUGCCAGUCAGGCCUCAGGCUGCACCAGCCGCGCCUCCGUGGACGAGGACGAAGAUGUGCCAAUUACAGACAUCUACUUUUUCUCUGAUGGCAGUCUCCAUGUAUGUCAGCCCAUCUCGCACAGGAGGAGGCAAAAUACAACGCAUACUCCUCCAGAGGAUAGGAGCUGGGUUUAUUCUCCCCUGCACUACAGCUCAGAGCCUAUGACUCUGCCAGAGGACGAAGGGGAGAGUGAAACAUAAUCAGACCUCAGCAGAGAACAGAGAGCAGAAGUUACGAGGUUUGGACUCUUCAGAAGCAUCUUUGGAUUUCUUCCGGAAGCUCGACUGGCUGUUUCACACCAUGUUUGAGCUGACAACUGCUACCGUUGGAUUCAUUACUGUCCUCUGUAUUAACUUGAGCUCGAUCAGUUUUAUUGUUCUGUCACCUAUUCCACAAACAAAACCAAGCAAAUAAUACCAAUGUCCAGACACAUUUAUAAUAAUGAAUAUAUUUAUUAAUAAUUAUCUUGUUCUCUCUUUUUUUUCUUCUUGUUUUAUAAUUUACAUACUGUGAAUGUGUUUUCCGGUUCAAUUUAGGAGACUCAUGACUUAGAGGCCGUUUACACUGAACGUUUUUUUGCGUCCGUCCACUGUGUUUUUUGUAAACAUGCCAUGUCUCAUGCUUAAACUUUUAAAAAUGCUUCUCGGAACACCGUUCCGUUCAAUUGGUUGUGCUACAUCUAGCUUUAGCUAGUUUGGUCUGUGCGGCCCCUAAGUGGUCCAAAAGUAGCACGUUAUGUCACCUUCAUUAAAUAGAAAGGUGUUUUAAAAAUCGUUGCUUCAUUGAACUACACUGAUUUAUAUUGCACAUCAGAACUUUCUUUACCAGGCAGCAUUGUUCCAUUCCUCGCAUUAUUGCAAAUGACCCAACUGUUCACUUGAAUAUCUUCCAUUUCUGUUGCAAUCAGAAAUGGAAUUUGAUUUGGUUUUUAUUUAUUUUGCUUCAACAGAAACCCUUCAUACUUGUCAGUAGUAGGGAACAGCAAUAGUGAAACAUUUAAUGUUCGGUUAACACUCUCCAAUGUUUCAGAUUUAUGAAAGUGCGAAGUUAAAUUGUAACAUUCAAUGUGUGACAUUUGGCAAUAACCAAAGUCACACAUUGUCACAUACAAAGAUGUAUUGGAUUUUCAUGAAGAGAAUUAGAACUGAUAUUUGAUUUUAAGAUGUUUUGUACAACCAUUGUUUGCUGAGAGAGCUUUUAUUACAGUCUUAAAAGAGAGGUUAAACUACAAGAUGGGACCAAACCUAUUGUGUAGGAGGCCAAAUAUUUAAAACAAUGUCUUGUAUCACAAUCAUUUCACUAUCAGAAUAUGUUACAUUCAUAUAUGAGAGGUUAUAAGUGCAAGUUAAAACAAUUGUAAAUCCAUAUGUAUAGAUUUGUGUGUGCAUAUGCAUUUGAGUGGGUUUGUGGUUUCAAGUAAGCGAGCGUAUAAUUUCACAAUGGAAUUGUGCCGCACUGAUCCAUAUAAUGUGCAGUGACCAGUUGCUAUUGAUUGCUGUUGUGACUUGAAUUAAGGGACUACUGCAGCAGUAUUUGUAAAGUGUAGCACACGCAUAUUUUGGUUGCCUUAAUUUUUCUUUCUUGCCAACCUAAACCCUGUUGUAGUUAAAAUAUUCAAUGUUUUUUUUUUUUCCUGAUUCACCAAUGAUAGUGUCCUAGAUAAAUUGUAUAUAGACCUAUAAAUAUAUAUAUAUACAUAUUAAAUGUUAUUUGAGGUUUUAUUUUUUAUUUUGCACAAGUAGCUUGCGAAAGGUGUCCAAGGUCUACAUGAACCCACGCAUUCUUCCAGAGUUAAAGACAUGCAACAACUUGUGUUAAGUCUAGGCUGUUUGUUUGUAUUGUGUAAACUUUACAGUUUGGAUCUAUAUAGAUCUAUAAAGUCUUAGACAUGCAACUGUAUCAAACUCUCACUCUUCCAACAGUUGAGCUGUGUGUGUGUGUAUGGUCAAAAUGAUAUGUGCCCCUCAGUGAGACCCUCAAAAGAGCAUGACAAUGUGAAAAUGUCUAUUAACAUUGAUGUAAAGCAUAUCCAUUUAUCUUUGCAAUAAGGUCACAACAGAAGUAUGUUCAAACCCCUAAAAUAAAUAUCAAAACAUCUCUUUGAAACUCUGGCUUGUUUCAAAGUAUUAUUUUCCCCCGAGUCAGAUUUUCCUGACAAAUGGUGGUUGCAAAUAAACCUCAACUGUGAGAAAAAUGUAACAAACAUGAAAAACUGGAAUAAAACAGAUUCUUUUUAAUGGCUCCAAAACUGAU